CGUGUGUCCCGGAAGUGAAAGCGGCGGAGCGGUGGAUGCGUCUGGCGGAGUGCAGGCGUCUGUCGGCGACAAACCGUGUGCAUCGGCGGCGGGUUUCUGUUGGUCUCUGCUCGACAACAAGAUGGACACGUUGAACAAGCUGAAGCAGUUCGACGCGUACCCCAAGACCCUGGAGGAUUUCCGGGUGAAGACGUGGGGAGGCGCGACCGUGACCAUCAUCAGCGGCGUCAUCAUGUUGAUCCUUUUCGUGUCGGAGCUGCAGUACUACCUCACCAAAGAGGUUCACCCUGAGCUGUACGUCGACACGACGCGAGGAGACAAACUCAAAAUCAACAUCGAUGUCAUUUUCCCCCACAUGCCCUGCGCCUAUCUCAGUAUAGACGCGAUGGACGUGGCUGGCGAGCAGCAGCUGGACGUCGAGCACAAUCUGUUCAAGCAGCGGCUGGAUAUAGACCUGAAACCCGUGACCCUGGAGGCAGAGAAACACGAACUCGGUGUGGCCGACGAUGGUGCGGUGUUUGACCCGAGCACACUGGACCCAAACAGAUGUGAGAGCUGCUACGGAGCAGAGACCGAUGACCUGAAAUGCUGUAACACCUGCGACGAUGUGCGGGAGGCCUACCGGCGGCGAGGCUGGGCGUUCAAAAAUGCCGACACUAUCGAGCAGUGUAAGAGGGAGGGUUUCUCUCAGAAGAUGCAGGAGCAGAAGAACGAAGGCUGCCAGGUCUACGGCUUUCUGGAGGUCAACAAGGUGGCAGGAAAUUUCCACUUCGCUCCAGGGAAGAGUUUCCAGCAGUCCCACGUCCACGUGCACGCUGUGGAAAUUCACGACCUGCAGAGCUUCGGCUUAGACAACAUAAACAUGACCCAUCUGAUCAAACACCUGUCAUUUGGUAAAGACUACCCCGGCAUCGUAAACCCCCUGGACGGGUCGGAUGUCACGGCGCCGCAAGCGUCGAUGAUGUACCAGUAUUUUGUGAAAAUCGUUCCUACAAUUUACGUGAAAACCGACGGCGAGGUGGUGAAAACCAACCAGUUCUCGGUCACCAGACACGAGAAGGUGGCCAACGGGCUGAUCGGAGACCAGGGGCUGCCGGGCGUCUUCGUCCUGUACGAGCUGUCACCCAUGAUGGUUAAAUUCACAGAGAAGCACAGAUCAUUCACUCACUUUCUAACAGGAGUUUGUGCCAUCAUCGGAGGAGUAUUUACAGUGGCCGGUCUCAUAGACUCGCUCAUCUACCACUCGGCUCGAGUCAUCCAGAAGAAAAUAGAGCUGGGCAAGGCGUCCUAACAGCACCCCCUGCUGGCCCCCACGGUGCAACACAGACCAGGACACGGACACAGAGACGGAGCGAGCAGAGGAGGAAGAAGAGGAGGAGGAGGAGGAGGAGGGAGAAGUUUGGAAACAGAAGCAAACAGUUUGUUUUCCCUCCGUUUCCCUCUUCGGUCUGACCGAGGGAGAGGAACGUCGGCCAAGUUCUGAAUUCCCCCGUCUCCUUUUUCUGGAAAAAAACCACUGGAGAGGAAUUUUUGCCUCUUUGAAUUUUUUUCCUCUCCACUGUUUUAACAAUGUGAUGCCAACGGGACAGAGUCGGGAACUGGACUCCGACCGGGGACUCAACGGACUUCUGACGAUUGAUUGAACGCGAGCGGAGAAGAUUCCGAUUUUUUUCAGAAGCUUCCUGGUGGGAAGAAGUAAAAAAAUAAAAAAAUAAAAAAA